AUGGUUAUCUUUCCGGAGGAAAGUCCCUCAGAGAAUCUGAACGAAGACUCUCCCAUCCUUCUGGUGGAUCCACUGCCAAAAGAAGUCUUAAGUGAUCAGGACUUUUCUAAAAUGGACAUCCUUCCUGAAAAACCUCCCUCAGAGAAUCUGAACGAAGACUCUCCCAUCCUUCUGGUGGAUCCACUGCCAAAAGAAGUCUUAAGUGAUGAGGACUUUUCUAAAAUGGACAUCCUUCUUGAAAAACCUCCCUCAGAGAAUCUGAACGAAGACUCUCCCAUCCUUCUAGUGGAUCCACUGCCAAGCAAAAGUGAAAAUGUCCCAGCAAAAGAGGAACACUUUGAUGGAAAAAAUAAGGAAGAAGUCUUAAGUGAUGAGGACUUUUCUAAAAUGGACAUCCUUCCUGAAAAAUGUCCCUCAGAAAAUCUGAACGAAGACUCUCCCAUCCGUCUGGUGGAUCCACUGCCAAAAGAAGUCUUAAGUGAUGAGGACUUUUCUAAAAUGGACAUCCUUCUUGAAAAACCUCCCUCAGAGAAUCUGAACGAAGACUCUCCCAUCCUUCUGGUGGAUCCACUGCCAAGCAAAAGUGAAAAUGUCCCAGCAAAAGAGGAACACUUUGAUGGAAAAAAUAAGGAAGCCGUCUUAAGUGAUGAGGACUUUUCUAAAAUGGACAUCCUUCUUGAAAAAUGUCCCUCAGAAAAUCUGAACGAAGACUCUCCCAUCCGUCUGGUGGAUCCACUGCCAAAAGAAGUCUUAAGUGAUGAGGACUUUUCUAAAAUGGACAUCCUUCUUGAAAAAUGUCCCUCAGAGAAUCUGAACGAAGACUCUCCCAUCCUUCUGGUGGAUCCACUGCCAAGCAAAAAUGAAAAUGUCCCAGCAAAAGAGGAACACUUUGAUGGAAAAAAUAAGGAAGCCGUCUUAAGUGAUGAGGACUUUUCUAAAAUGAACAUCCUUCCUGAAAAACCUCCCUCAGAGAAUCUGAACGAAGACUCUCCCAUCCGUCUGGUGGAUCCACUGCCAAAAGAAGUCUUAAGUGAUGAGGACUUUUCUAAAAUGGACAUCCUUCUUGAAAAAUGUCCCUCAGAAAAUCUGAACGAAGACUCUCCCAUCCGUCUGGUGGAUCCACUGCCAAAAGAAGUCUUAAGUGAUGAGGACUUUUCUAAAAUGGACAUCCUUCUUGAAAAACCUCCCUCAGAGAAUCUGAACGAAGACUCUCCCAUCCUUCUGGUGGAUCCACUGCCAAGCAAAAGUGAAAAUGUCCCAGCAAAAGAGGAACACUUUGAUGGAAAAAAUAAGGAAGCCGUCUUAAGUGAUGAGGACUUUUCUAAUAUGGACAUCCUCCCUGAAAAACCUCCCUCAGAGAAUCUGAGCGAAGACUCUCCCAUCCGUCUGGUGGAUCCACUGCCAAAAGAAGUCUUAAGUGAUGAGGACUUUUCUAAAAUGGACAUCCUUCUUGAAAAACCUCCCUCAGAGAAUCUGAACGAAGACUCUCCCAUCCUUCUAGUGGAUCCACUGCCAAGCAAAAGUGAAAAUGUCCCAGCAAAAGAGGAACACUUUGAUGGAAAAAAUAAGGAAGAAGUCUUAAGUGAUGAGGACUUUUCUAAAAUGGACAUCCUUCCUGAAAAAUGUCCCUCAGAAAAUCUGAACGAAGACUCUCCCAUCCGUCUGGUGGAUCCACUGCCAAAAGAAGUCUUAAGUGAUGAGGACUUUUCUAAAAUGGACAUCCUUCUUGAAAAACCUCCCUCAGAGAAUCUGAACGAAGACUCUCCCAUCCUUCUGGUGGAUCCACUGCCAAGCAAAAGUGAAAAUGUCCCAGCAAAAGAGGAACACUUUGAUGGAAAAAAUAAGGAAGGCGUCUUAAGUGAUGAGGACUUUUCUAAAAUGGACAUCCUUCUUGAAAAAUGUCCCUCAGAAAAUCUGAACGAAGACUCUCCCAUCCAUCUGGUGGAUCCACUGCCAAAAGAAGUCUUAAGUGAUGAGGACUUUUCUAAAAUGGACAUCCUUCUUGAAAAAUGUCCCUCAGAGAAUCUGAACGAAGACUCUCCCAUCCUUCUGGUGGAUCCACUGCCAAAAGAAGUCUUAAGUGAUGAGGACUUUUCUAAAAUGGACAUCCUUCUUGAAAAAUGUCCCUCAGAAAAUCUGAACGAAGACUCUCCCAUCCUUCUGGUGGAUCCACUGCCAAACCCAGCUGACCCGGAGGGACUCCGCUUGGCCGUCACUCACCAAGGCAUCGCUCUGGGACGGCAAGCUGAAUCCCUCAACCAGAUGGCCGCCGCCCAGCAGGAUCUUUUCCGUCGCUUGGACGGUAUUUCUCUGGCUCUGACGGAUUUAACCUCCCGAGGACCUACUAACGCCUCAGCCAGCAACACGGGUUCCGCCACCGGAAGCCCGGGCCCCGCUGCAGACAAAGCAGCUCACGAAAACAUCCGGCUCCUUCCUGAGCCUUUCCUGGGUGACGUAGGAGCCUGCGGGGGAUUCCUCCUGCAAUGUCGUUUGAUCUUCCAGCAGGCACCUCGGCACUAUCAUGCAGACCACAGCAAAAUCACCCUUAUAGUGAACUCUCUCCGGGGUAAAGCGCUUCAAUGGGCUCAGGCUUACCUGACCGCUAAUCCCAUCUCUCAAGUUCCUUUCGAACGCUUUUUAGGCGAGUUCCGGCUGGUUUUCGACCAACCCCGCAAGGAGGAGGAGGCCACCCGCCGACUGCUAGCCCUCAAACAACGCCACAGAUCCAGGAACCGAUGCAGAUUGGACAUUCUAAGCUCACCCCUGAGGAGCGGCAGAGACGAAGAGAUGAGGGGGCGUGUUUCUAUUGCGGCCAGACCGGUCACCUCGUUCAUCAAUUUUUACAUUACCAAGACCCCCCAGUCUCCCAUCAUUCUAGGGUUCCCCUGGCUUCGCGCUCACAACCCCCAGUUCGAUUGGGUUAAUCUCCACGUUACCAACUGGAGCACUACCUGCAUGGCUAAUUGUCUUCGUUCCGCCAUACCCUCGGUUUCUCCUCGUUGUGAUCCAGAUCCUGAGGAGAUCGAUCUUUCUAGGGUUCCUCCGUGCUACCACGAUCUUGGGGCUGUUUUCAGUAAGACCAGGGCUGGUUCCCUUCCUCCCCACAGGCCGUACGACUGUUCCAUCGAACUAGUUAAAGGCGCUACGCUGCCUAAGAGGAGGCUAUUUAAUUUAUCAGGCCCUGAGAAACUGUCAAUGGAAAAAUAUAUCCAGGAAGCCCUCUCGGCUGGUCAUAUUCGCCCCUCAUCUUCUCCGGUCGGUGCGGGGUUCUUCUUCGUCCAGAAGAAGGACAGAACUUUGCGCCCAUGCAUUGAUUACCGCGACCUCAAUCAAAUUACUGUUAAAAAUAAAUAUUCCCUUCCGCUUAUUGACUCUGCUCUACAUUCUGUUCAGGACGCUCGAGUCUUUUCCAAGUUGGACCUCCGUAACGCUUAUUAUUUGGUUCGCAUGAGGGAGGGGGACGAGUGGAAGACCGCCUUUAACACCCCACUCGGUCAUUUCGAGUAUUUGGUGAUGCCUUUUGGGCUCACCAACGCUCCUGCUACCUUCCAGAAUCUCGUUAACGAUGUUCUUCGUGAUUUUUUGAACCGCUUCGUCUUUGUUUACCUUGACGACAUCCUUAUUUAUUCACGCGAUCUGGAUGAACACACCCACCAUGUCCGCCAGGUUCUCUCACGGCUUUUAGAGAACCGACUAUAUGUUAAAGCCGAAAAGUGCGAGUUUCAUGUACCCACCAUUUCAUUUCUGGGUUUCAUCAUUGACUCUGGUAACAUUCGCCCCGAUCCGGCCAAGAUCGCGGCCGUCACCAGCUGGGAACCUCCCACUUCCCGUAAACAACUUCAGAGGUUCCUCGGCUUCGCAAAUUUCUACCGUCGCUUCAUAAGGAACUAUAGCAGCAUUGCCGCUCCGUUGACUCAACUCACCUCCGUUACUAAACCGUUUCUCUGGACCCCCGAAGCUCAAUCCGCAUUCACUAGACUUAAGCACCUCUUUACUUCCGCUCCCAUUCUAUCACAGCCUGAUCCUCUCCGACAGUUCGUUGUCGAGGUCGACGCUUCCGAUUCUGGUGUGGGAGCGAUUCUUUCCCAACGGGAGGUUGGCUCGGGGAAACUGAAACCAUGUGCGUUCUUCUCUAGGAAGCUUUCUACGGCGGAGAGAAAUUAUGACGUCGGUAACCGCGAACUCCUCGCCAUUAAACUCGCUCUGGAGGAAUGGCGUCACUGGCUCGAGGGGGCUGAACAUCCGUUCAUCGUUUGGACGGAUCAUAAAAAUCUCGCCUACCUACGUACAGCUAAACGCCUUAAUUCACGUCAGGCCCGUUGGUGCCUUUUUUUUGACAGGUUUGAUUUCACUAUCACCUACCGGCCGGGUAGCAGGAACAUUAAACCAGACGCCCUCUCACGUUUAUUUUGUUCAGGGGAUGACCAGGACAGCUCUCCCAUUAUUCCCCCCACGUGUAUUGUGGGUAAUUUGACAUGGGACAUUGAGAGCAGGGUCAUCCAAGCUCAGGGAGAGGAACCUGACCAUCCUCCGGCCCCCCCUGGAACUCUUUACGUCCCCUCCUCCCUCCGCUCGGAUGUCCUGGUUUGGGGGCACACGUCGCGUAUUGCUUGCCAUGGCGGCAUUCAUAGAACCCUGAGGCUCGUGCAACGUAGAUUUUUCUGGCCUUCCAUGGCUCGGGACGUGAGGGAAUUCGUUGCGGCUUGCGACGUCUGCGCCCGCUCUAAGUCUUCCAACUCGCCGCCUGCUGGUCUCCUCCAUCCUUUACCUGUUCCGCAGCGGCCCUGGUCCCAUCUCGCCAUGGACUUCAUCACUGGGUUGCCGGCCUCUCAGGAUAACACCGUCAUUCUUACAGUUGUCGACCGUUUUUCCAAGGCUGCCCAUUUCAUUCCCCUUCCCAAGCUGCCCACGGCCACCGAGAUGGCUGACGUCUUGGUUCGAGAGGUAUUCAGGCAUCACGGCAUCCCCAGUGAUAUUGUCUCCGACCGCGGGCCCCAGUUCAUAUCCCAGGUCUGGCGGGCUUUCUGUUCUGCUCUGGGUGCCACGGUUAGCCUCACAUCCGGUCAUCAUCCCCAGUCAAAUGGGCAAGCGGAGCGUGCAAACCAGGAGCUCGAGGCCGCCCUCCGUUGUGUGGCCGCCCAAAACCCCUCCAACUGGUCUUCAUUCCUGGCAUGGAUCGAGUACGCCCACAACAGCCAUCCGUCUGCUGCUACCGGUAUGUCCCCGUUUGAAGCGUCCCUCGGAUACUCUCCACCCUUGUUCCCCUCCCAGGAGCUGGACUUGGCGGUCCCGUCGGUUCAGCAUCACCUGCGACGCGCCCAGCGUGUAUGGACUCAGGCCAGGGCCGCUCUCCUGCGCACUAGAGAGAGGAACUGCAGGAUCGCUAAUCGCCACAGGGUGGAGAGCCCCGCCUACCAACCGGGACAGAGGGUUUGGCUGUCUUCACGGGACAUACCGCUCCAGGCCACCUCCCGUAAACUGGCUCCACGCUACAUUGGACCUUACCCCGUCGAGAGGGUCAUAAACCCCUCCUGUGUGCGGCUGCGGCUCCCGGCGGCGCUUAAGGUGCACCCCACGUUUCAUGUCUCGCAGCUUAAGCCUGUCCAGGAGAGUCCUUUGUGCCCGCCGUCCGCUUCCCCACCGCCCGCCCGGGUCAUCGACGGCGCUCCUGCCUACACCGCCAGCAGGGUGUUGGACGUCCGCCGCCGGGGGCGCGGUUUCCAGUUUCUGGUGGACUGGGAGGGUUACGGUCCGGAGGAGCGCUCAUGGAUCUCCCGCUCCCUCAUUCUGGACCGUACCCUCAUUGACGAUUUCUUUCGGGACCACCCUGAUCGUCGUCCGGGACCGCCUGGGGGCGGUCGUUGAGGGGGGGGUACUGUCACGGUUCCUCCGGCUGCUACUCCUCCCCUCCCUGCUCCUUCAUUGGAACCAGCUGACCUGCAUCAUCUCAUCACCUGGCAGACCUUCUUAAGGAGAUCCAUCCCAGCAUACUACGCCAGUCCGUUAUACUCACUCCGGUGAUCACGCCUGGCCUCAAGUUAAGUUACCCUCGCUUUAGUAAUCCUAGCUUGUACUUACCGUCUGUCUCACGUCUUCAGGUCUUCACUCCAUUGGUCACGCUGGUUCCUCGCUCCACGCUGAUUACAUCAUCCUCGACGUCCUCGCCUUGCCUC